UGCAAUUCCGGUUCUCACCGCCGUCAAUACUGCGUCGGGCGUGUUCCCCCCCUACAGGCUGCCACCAAUGCCGCACUCCUCAUCCUCACUGAAAUCAGAAACUUCAGGGGAAAUAAGGGAGAAUUGGAGCAUUUUGGAAAAUAUAUCGGGGACGCCAUGAUCAAUGUGGUUGCAGCCAUCGGUUCGUAUGAUGAAUCUAAUGAAAAACCCAAGUCGUGGGUUGAAAGCGUCAAGAAGCUGAGCGAGGCACUGGAGCGCGUUCAAAUUGAAGUCCGUCGAUUGGGUGGAAAGAUGGAAAGACAGUCUGGUAUCCGCAACUUCUUCUCCCAUAUGAAGAACCCCAGCAGGCUCGAGGAUUUAAAGAAAGAUUUUGGCGAAGCCUUGGCAAUGUUCCAGCUGGAGUCAGACUUGAUGCUUGGUGCAAUAGCAAACAAUCAAGUUCUAAAUGAACUUAAAUAUCCCAUUGUUCCCCAUCACGAUUCAACUCAACCGUGCCUGCCAGACACUAGGAUUGAUCUGAUCGAACAUAUUAUGACGUGGUGUCGUACCACGGAGGAUAGCAAGAAUCGUGUAUUACUGCUAACCGCUGUGGCUGGUGCGGGCAAGACAUCUGUUGCGCUCUCAAUCGCAGCGGAGUGUAAAAGAGAAAAUAUAUCAUCAUCAAACUUCUUUUUCAAAGCAGGCGAGCAGUCGCGGCCGGACCAUCUCUUCAGCGGCAUGGCUCGAUCUCUGGCAACCAAUGACGCUGCAUACCGUGCCUCCCUCAUAUCCGCUCUUCAGAAGGACCCAGCCCUCUCGACUGCCCAAUUCGCGAUGCAAUUUGAGAAACUAGUGGCUGAACCUCUCCGUUCCAGGACAUCCUCGUCUGACCGUCCUAUGGUGAUUAUUAUUGAUGCGUUAGAUGAGUGCGACACAAAGUCAUUCCCACGUCUUGCCGAUAUACUUCGGAAAGCAGUCCCAAAACUACCACCUAACAUCAAAUUCUUUCUCACUUCGAGACAAUUUGACCUCGUUGAUCGUUUCCUAUCACCUAAUUACCCUAUCGAUCGCCUCACCAUCGAUCUUUCAGAUGAUGCUAAUAUGCAUGACUGUUCUAUCUACAUCCGAUCACAACUACACGAACUGAAGGAUGUGCAUCCUGGUUUGGAAGAUGGAAUCGGGGAAGAAGAUGCAUUAGUCCAAAGCAUACGGGAGCGAGCGAGCGGCUUGUUCAUUUGGAUCAGUACUGUCUUUGAUUACAUGAAGGUCAGCGGCAGUGAUGCUGCGAAGAUGCUGAAGAAAUUGCUGGAUGAAGAUCUCAACCGAUCAAAGGCGUCCGCUGAGGAAAUGAUGGAUAGGCUGUAUGCGAGUAUUUUGGAGAAAUGUAACUGGAAGGAUGACGAUUUCGUGCAUGACUACCCGAUCGUGAUGGGAGCGAUUCUAAUCGCACAGAAGCCACCAUCUGUUACGGCCUGGGGUGCUAUUCUCUCACCACUGCUGGAGUCGGACAUCCGAUAUACAUUAGCUCAGCUUGCACCUCUCGUCUCAGGAGUAAGGGAUCCUGACAAGCCAAUUCGUAUUCUGCACCAAUCCGUUCGUGACUUUCUCACGGGCCGAGUCAAUCCACAAUCGCCCAUACUUGGUCGAUUUGGAGUGGAUGCGAGGAGGGAGAAUGACAGAGUGGCCCUGCGCUGCAUCGAAAUCUUGAAUAAAGAUCUUCCCACUAUGAAGGAUUUAGGGCUGAUUGAGGACUUAUCCAAAAAAGCUAAGCUGCCACCCAUUCCUCAAGAGGUGCUGUCCGAACAUGUCCAUUAUGCAUGUCGGCAUUUCGUCCAUCAUCUCAGCCAAUUUCAGGAGCCACUGGAGGCACCCAAUGGGCCUAUUCAUGCAUUCCUUAAUGAGCAAAUGUCGCGCUGGGUGGAAGUCUGUGUGAGGACGGAAAGGUAUAUUAGUAUAUCAUUGUUCCCUGAAUGGGCCAAGUUGAACGUUGAUCGGACCUCCGAAGAAGUCAUUCACGAGUUGGUCAAAGUGUUACGCAAUGUAAGGAGAAAUCUUGCAUUCUUUUUAAGAUUGCAGGAGGCAUAUGAGAUGGCAAGUGAUUCAGUUGCACUAUGCCGUUGCCUUGUGUCUGCGGACCCAGAGUUCUACACCCCAGAUCUGGCUCAAGCACUCGGGAGUUUAGAUGCAUCGCUCACCAACCUUGGACAACAUUCUGAGGCACUCCUUGUGAAUGAAGAAAGUGUGAAGCUCUGGCGUGAGCUAGUUGCCACCCAUCCAGCAUCAUACACCCCGGAUUUAGCUCGAGCGCUUGGGAGUCUAGAUACAUCGCUUACAAACCUUGGACGACAUUCUGAGGCACUCCUUGUGAAUGAAGAAAGUGUGAAGCUCUGGCGCGAGCUAGUUACCACCUAUCCAGCAUCAUACACUUCGGAUUUGGCUGGAGCACUCUGGAAUCUUUUUGUAUCACUUGAAAAAGUUGGACGCAAUUCCGAGGCACUCAUGGUGAUCAAAGAAAGUGUGGAACUCUGGCGUGAGCUCGUUGCCACUCAUCCAACAUCAUACACCCCAGAUUUGGCUGGAGCACUCCAGAAUCUUUCUGUAUCACUCAGCAAAGUCGGACACCACCCCGAGGCGCUUACUGUGAUUGAAGAAAGUGUGCAGCUCUGGCACGAGCUGGUUGCCACCCACCCAACAUCAUACACCCCGGGUUUGGCUCAAGCGCUUGGGAGUCUAGACACAUCACUCACCAACCUUGGACGACAUUCUGAGGCACUCCUUGUGAAUGAAGAAAGUGUUAAGCUUUGGCGCGAGCUAGUUGCCACCCAUCCAACAUCAUACACCCCAGGUUUGGCUGGAGCACUCCGGAAGCUUAACGCAUCACUUGACAAAGUUGGACGCCAUUCCGAGGCACUCACUGUGAUUGAAGAAAGUGUGCAGCUCUCGCGCAAGCUGGUUUCCACCCAUCCAGCAUCAUACACCCCAGAUUUGGCUCGAGCGCUCCGGCAUCUUAAAGCAUCACUUGAAAAAGUUGGACGCUAUUCCGAGGCGCUCACGGUGAUCGAAGAAGGUGUGAAACUCUGGCGUGAGCUUGUUGCCACCCAUCCAACAUCAUACACUCCAGAUUUGGCUGGAGCGCUCCAGAGUCUUAAAAUAUCACUCAACAAAAGUGGACGCCAUUCCGAGGCGCUCACUGUGAUUGAAGAAAGUGUGGAACUCUGGCGUCAGCUAGUUGCCACCCAUCCAACAUCAUACACCCCGGGUUUGGCUCAAGCGCUCCGGAGUCUUUUUGUAUCACUCGACAAAGUUGGGCGCCAUUCCGAGGCGCUCACAGCGAUGGAAGAAAGUGUGAAACUCUGGCAUGAACUCGUUACCGCCCAUCCAACAUCAUACACCCCGGAUUUGGCUGGAGCGCUCCGGAAUCUUUCUGUAUCACUCAACAAAGUUGGACGCCAUUCCGAGGCGCUCAUUGUGAUCGAAGAAAGUGUGCAGCUCUGGCGCAAGCUGGUUGCCGCCCAUCCAACAUCAUACACCCGGGAUUUGGCUCGAGCGCUUGGAAGUCUAGAUGCAUCGCUCACCAACCUUGGACGACAUUCUGAGGCACUCCUUGUGAAUGAAGAACGUGUGAAGCUCUGGCGUGAGCUAGUUGCCAUUGAACCGACAUCGCACACCCCGGAUUUCGCUCGAGCGCUCGAGAGUCUUGAAAUAUUACUUGACGAUCUUGGACGCUGUUCCGAGGCGCUCCUCAUAAAUGAAGAAAGGCUCAGACUCCUGUGCCAGUAGUUGUCAUUUAUCUGAUAUCAUCCACUCCGGGUUCGGCACGAUCAUUCUGCAACCUCCCCAGCUCGUGCGGGGCUCCAAGGCCCUAACUUUCACUGAAGAUUACAUUGCUAUUUGUCGUUCGCUCUGUGUUACUCA